AUGCGUUUCGCUACUGGUAUCAUCACGGCCUGCGCCAUCCUUGGCUCCGUCAACGCCGGCAACAAAGUGCCAAGUACGGGCAAGAUCAUCAAGGCUGGGCCUCGUGUCGGUUCCGGCGCCGAAGAUUCUGUGUACGACGACGUUCCCGGCGUCAUCAAGUCGACCGAGCCUGCUCCGAGACCCGCCGCACCCGCCGCACCCGCCACACCCGCCGCCAGCAAGGCAGAAGUCAACAGAUGGAUCAAGGACGCCAUGGCAGAGGCCAACGCCAUCGAGGUUGCCACCGAGAAAGAAGCCAAGCAACGCGAGAUCGCCGAGAAACAGGAGGCUGACCGUGUCGCCCUUGAGGCACAGCAGGCCGUCGAGGCCAAGGAGGCCGCGUACCAGCAGCGCAAGGCCACCGAGGAUGCCGCAAAGGACGCCGCAAAGGCCCAGAAGCUCGCCGGCGAGCUCGCCGAGAAGAAGCGCCUCCAGAAGAUCAACAAGCAACAGGAGAAGGACGUCACCUCCUGGGUCAAGAAAGCCCUCGCCGACGCCCGAAAGAAGGAAAAGGAGGAGGAGCGCAAGAUCCUCGAGGAGUCGCAGCGCCUGGACCGCCUCUAUCUCGAGCGCAAGCAGCGCGAGGCUGACGAGGCUGCCGCCAAGCAGGCUGAGCGCGAUGCCGAGGACGAGCGCGAGUACCUGUGGCAGAAGGAACGCGAGGAAAAGGACCGCAAGGCUGCCAAGGCUAACGACGACGGCGAUGUCACCCCCCCUGGCGUCAACCGCUACGUCAACGUUCCUCAGCCCAUGCCUGCUUACCAGCCCGCUCCGGUCGCGCCCGUCUACCAGCCAGCCCAGCCGGUUCAGCCGGCCUACGUGCCCCAGCCCGCUCCGGCCCCCAUCAUGGCCGCCCCUCAGGCUGUCCCCGUUGGUGAUCGCAGGGUCGGCGUGCCCUUCGGAUUUCCCACCAGGAACGUCCGCCGUGGCCUCAGCCCUGAAAAUGAGCAGUACGAGGCGAAGGGUGAGGCCUUGGUAUGUAAGCACCCCAGAUACGUCUCCAAGCCUGUCAGGAAGAUGAUCUCGUUCAAGAACCCCACUUCCAAGCCUGUCUCGACAGCCAAGCCGACCGAGGCGAAGGAUGCCAAGGCCAAGAUUCGAAAGGAGACUGUUGAGCAAAUCACCCGCUUGAUUAAGGCCAACUUCGAGUAA